AUGAACAAGGUCCCCAUUCCUGCCACCUUUGGAUCCUCACUCUGCAUCCACAGCCAUGCGCUCACGCGCGCCCGGCGCCAAAAGGCAUGCGCAAAGUUGGAGGCGGCUGAAGACGGCCUCUCCGCCGUCUGUUUCCCCAGCCUGAGCGCGCACAACCGGGCAUAUGGACAUUGCGCGCUCCGCAUCUGUGUCAUCACCGCACUUUCUCUGGCGCAGCAGGCAGCAGCCGUUGGGUGGGGAGCAGCGGCCGGCAGCACCAGCCUGCGGAAGCGCCCCAGCUCCCGGCAGAUGAAAUAUGGGGCUGCUCCGUACAGCCCCUCCAGGGACCAGGAGCAGCUCUGGACAGGGGCCAGGAAAGAGGAUCCUAGGGAGGCGUCUGGGGCGCAGGCGGGAGCCAGACGAGGCUCGUCCCGCCGGGUNCGGGCGGGGCGUGGGGGACGCAGCCGGCCCAAGAGCGAGCUGGCGCUGAGCAAGCAGCGGCGGAGCCGACGCAAGAAGGCCAACGACCGCGAGCGCAAUCGGAUGCACAACCUCAAUUCGGCCCUGGACGCGCUGCGCGGGGUCCUGCCCACCUUUCCCGACGACGCGAAGCUCACCAAGAUCGAGACGCUGCGCUUCGCGCACAACUACAUCUGGGCGCUGACGCAGACGCUGCGCCUAGCGGACCACAGCCUGUGCGGUCUGGAGCCUCCCUGCGAGGAGCUGGGCAGCCCGGACGGCGGCUCCCGGGGAGACUGGGGCUCCCUCUACUCCCCGGUCUCCCAGGCGGGCAGCCUGAGCCCCGCCGCCUCGCUGGAGGAGCGCCCCGGGCUGCAGGCGGCCUCCCCUGCCUGCCUGCCGGGCGCCCUGGCCUUUGCGGACUUUCUCUGA